ACAUUGUAGAAGAAAUAAAAUAACACCGAUAUUAUUGAGUCGUAUGCGGUUGGCAAAAUUGCUGCUUUUCAAAGCUGGUUUUCCUAAAAUCUUCAGAACUCUUUCUCGUUCUCAUUUAGUCAUGAGUAAUUACAUCGUUUUAUUUCAGUCAAUUGGUUUGACCGAGCAGAAAGCUAAAGAGACUAUUCGAAAUGAAAGUCUGACAAAAAAAUUGGAAUCCAUUAUUUAUAAAGCAAAAGAUGGUGAUGCACCUAUUGCAAAGCCAACUGGUGUGUUGUUGUAUUCCCUUGCUAGUGGAUCUUUGAUAGACGAAGCAAAGCUUGAUUUUAUUAUACAGUAUAUCAAGAAUCAAAAGAUAACUGCUGUAAACCAACUUAAUGCUGCAUUGGAAUAUUUCAAAUAUAAUCCAACUGAUCCCAUAAACCUAGAGACAUUUGAAAGAUCGUGUGGAGUUAAUGUUAACUAUUCCCCAGAUGAAAUUGAGGCUGCUGUAGAGAAAGUUAUAAAGAAGCAUUAUGAAGCAAUUCAAACAGCUCGAUAUCACUAUAAUACUGGACUAUUAUUAGGGGAAGUCUCAAAGGAUUUACCUUGGGUUGAUAUGAAGAAAGUCAAGUCAGAAAUUGAUAUCCAGCUUUUGGAUAUACUUGGUCCAAAGACAGAAACUGACAAAGCACCAAUUAAAAAGGUUGUAAAGAAAGAAAAAAUUGAAGCUGAUAAGCCAAAAGAAAAAGACCAUCCUUUGGAUUUGGAAGCCAUAUUAAAAAUGAUCGAUCCAAAAACAAUAUAUUUGGCUGGUGAAGCUGCAAAGUUUCAUAAACCAGGUGAAAACUAUACAACUGAAAAUUAUGUCAUUACUCCAAACACUAUGAAGCAUAUGAAAGAGCACUUAGAAAAAUAUGGCAAUCAAGUUCGCACACGGUUUCCACCUGAACCUAAUGGAAUUCUGCAUAUUGGUCAUGCUAAAGCUAUUAACUUCAAUUUUGGUUAUGCUAAAGCUCAUGGUGGAAUUACAUUUCUAAGAUACGAUGAUACAAAUCCAGAGAAAGAAGAAGAAAAGUUCUUCAGAGGCAUUCGAGAAAUGGUUGAAUGGUUGGGGUUUGAACCAUACCAAGUAACACAUGCAUCUGAUUACUUUGAUGAGCUCUAUGACUAUGCUGUUCAACUUAUCAAAAACGAAUUAGCUUAUGUGUGUCACCAACAGUAUGACGAAAUUAAAGGUCAUAAUCCGCCUCCCAGUCCUUGGAGAGAUAGACCUGUUUCUGAAUCACUUCAACUAUUUGAGGACAUGAAGAAAGGUAAAUUUGAUGAAGGUGGUGCAAUGCUUAGAAUGAAGAUGGUUAUGGAAGAUGGAAAAAUGGAUCCAGUUGCAUACAGAAUAAAGUACACCCCACACCAUCGUACAGGCGACAAAUGGUGCAUAUACCCUACCUAUGAUUUCACUCAUUGCUUAAAUGACUCAUUAGAACACAUCACUCAUUCACUUUGCACAAAAGAAUUCCAAGCUCGUCGAUCUUCAUACUACUGGCUCUGCAAUGCUCUCGAUGUCUAUUGUCCAGUCCAAUGGGAGUAUGGUCGAUUGAAUUUAAACUACACUGUUGUUUCAAAAAGAAAGAUUGCAAAGCUUAUUGAAAACAAGUGUGUUAAUGAUUGGGAUGACCCACGUUUGUUUACACUUACAGCAUUGAAAAGAAGAGGGAUACCACCAGAAGCUAUAAACUUGUUUUGUGCCCGAAUAGGUGUUACAGGUUCUCAGACUGUACUGGAUCCUUCAAUGUUAGACUCUUGUGUUAGAGAUGUGCUCAAUGUUUAUGCAAAGAGAGUUAUGGCUGUUUUAGAUCCAUUAAAAGUAGUAAUUUUGAAUGAGCCUGAAGAGCGGGUUCAAGUUACUGUUCCAAAUAUUCCAUUAGACGAAAAGGCUGGUACCCACAAUGUACCAUUUGGAAAUGUUAUCUUUAUUGAAAGAGCUGAUUUUCGAGAGGUAGCUACUAAAGAUUACAAGCGACUAUCGUGUGACCAAUCUGUUGGUUUAAGACAUGCAGGAAAAGUUAUAACUGUUACAAAUGUAGUUAGAGAUUCAAAUAAUUACAUAAUAGAAAUUCAUGCAACAAGUGAAAAUAGUUCAAUAAGUAACAAACCUAAAGCUUUUAUUCAUUGGGUUUGUGAUCCAAUAACGUGUGAAGUUAGAAUUUAUGAUCGAUUGUUUAAGCAUCCAAACCCUGAAGAUCCUAAAGAGGUUCCAGGAGGUUUCCUGUCUGACAUUAAUGAGAAUUCUCUUCAAGUAAUCAAAAAUGCUUUUGUUGAUGUUUCUGUAAAAGGUGCACCACAUUUAUCUAAAUUCCAAUUCGAACGAAUAGGUUUUUUUGCAAUUGAUCCAGACAGCACAGAAUCUCUGAUUGUCUUUAACAGAACAUUAGCACUUAAAGAAGACUCGUCCAAAUGCUAGUUUUAGUUUUAAAGAAUUUUAUGUUUUUAGAGUUUUAGUAAAUAUCAAGCUAUUGAUA